AUGCAGGGCUCAAACAAGGGUUAUGCUGCUGUUGCUGAGGGGCCCAAGGCCCCCGCAAUGCUGCGCUGCAUCGUUUCUGUGCUGCUCACUGUUGCUGCUGCAGCAGGAACAGCAGCAAGACAUUUGCCGUUUCUGCAGUCCUGCUGCAAGCGACGCAGAAACAACAACAGCAGCAGCAGCAGCAGCUGGGCAGCAGCAGCAAAUGCAGCAGCAGCAGAUAUCGAGGGAGGCGUCCCGCCGCCAAGGGAGCUGCAGGGGACAAGCAAAUCGGCUCAGAAAAUGGUCUUGGUCUCCUUCUUUGGAAGUGAAGAAUUUGCUGCUGAAGGGAAAGGGCCUCGCUGUGGGGCCCUUCAGCAUAGAGCAGGACCGCAGCUUCUUUGCUGGAUGAGCGCUUUGGGGGGCGAAGACGGACCUGAAAUAGAAAAGGGAGAUGUCGUGUGCGCCUUUGCCGGAGAGAGUUUGCGGUACUUGGGAAUGCUGAGAGAAAAAGGAUAUAAGCCCUUGAUUGCCAGCAGAAGCAUCAUUUAA